AACAGUCCUCCAAAUUCCCCACACGCCCACCACACAGAGAAACAAUCGCAUUAGUAAAAAUGGCGUUUACACUCUCAGCAGCGUCAACUCUAACCUCCAAAACCCUAAUUUGCCCUCCCAAGAUCUCAAUUUCCAGUCGCCAUAUCAAUUCCUUUAAGAUCUCUCUCAAUAACUCAACCAUUAAUAACAUCUCAACGAGAUUUAUCCCAAUUUCUGCUUCAUCUCGCUUCCCCCAUUUUUCUUGCUCUGCUAGUGGAGAUAAUGCAUCUAAUGGCGGAGAAACAAAAGGAAUUCCAUCUUUAUCUUCUGAUUCUCUGACUCUUGAUGUCAAAGGAAUGAUGUGUGAUGGGUGCGCUGGAAGUGUAAAAAAAAUCCUAGAAAGUCAACCUCAGGUGUCUACGGCUACCGUCAAUCUUGCCAUGGAGACAGCAACCGUGUUGCCUGUGGAUGAAGCCAAGGCUGCACAGGAUUGGCAACAACAAUUAGGAGAGACACUUGCCAAGCAUUUAACUAAUUGCGGGUUUGAUUCAACUCUCAAAGGUGUAUAUGAGGUUUCUUUCGAGUUCUGUAGAAUUACUAGACUACAGUUACAGGUCAAUGAGAGGACGAAGGUAAGAUCUCUACAUAGCAAUUGCUUGCCUACAAAUGCAUGUCUAGGUUUUACAAUGAUUUUUACCGUUCUCAAUUGAUACUUGAUGGUGAUUCCGUUGAGGAUAAAUCGCUUCGCCACUUCCGACUUUGAAGCGUUUCAGAGAGAGGAAAAAAGCAGUAUCUGUUGUCUGUUGAAUGUAAUUUUCUUGUAGAAUCACACAAUUACUAUACUUCCGCUGUGUUAACUAUAAUAAUUGUACAACUGCAUUUGACGAUCAAUGGAUUAAAGAGUUUUAGAUUACUGCUUUCUCAA